AUGCGCUGGUUGGCACUCGUUGCGGCUACACGCGUCCAGAGGGAGAAAUAUCCUCAUGCCUUUCGGGUACCUCAGAGAGUCUUGAACUCUGAUGGUAUGACACUUAAGCCUCGCCAAGUGAUCUGCUCCACUUUGGAGGAGGGCGAGGAGGUCUUCAUCGAGCUUAGACAAGGUGCCGCCAUCGCAGAGGAGGACGUCGAUGCGCUGGAGUGGUCAGAGGAGGCUUAUGGCCCUCAAGCCAACCUCAUGGAAUGCAAAUUCAGGUGGAAGGUUGGCGGCCAGCAAGACUUUCCCAAGACCGUCCGUGGCGAGUACGUAGUUGCACCUCGCUGGCAGGGGGUAUACCCACAGAAGGAUUAUGGUGGACCCUUCGAGAUACAGAUCAUCCCGGUGGACAUCACACCAGACGAGGUCGAGUGGAUAGCUUCCAGGAAGGCGCCUCCCGGAAGCUGCACUUACAGGUUCGUCAUGAAGAAUGACUACGAGUCCAUCUGUAAGGCUGAUCCAGAAACCCUGACGUCCGACGGCCUAGCACACUAUAUCGAGUUUCAUUGGGAUGUGCCAAUUGCUCCGGAGCCUUAUCCGGAAAUCGACAGCCGACCUUCCACAGCAUCCUCCCGAGACGGGGCGCAAGUCGACCCCAGAUUCGAGCAGGACUGGGACGCCCUACGACUAAAGUGGGUUGAAUCGUUCAUGAAGGUUCGCGUGAAGGAUGUGCUGACGGAGUUCUAUGCCAUCUUAAUCGACCUUUUCGACUCAUACGCUUUCAUGGGCCUGGACCUUUCUGCAAGCCAGCACACCAUCGGCAUGGACGAUUGGAAGCACCUGGUCAUCAAUUGUGGCUUGUUGGAGGGUCAAGCGGAAGGAUCACUCAGUUGGUCACAUGCGUGUACCUGGUUUGAGGAAGCAGCAGGCAUCCGGGAUGGAAGGCCAUAUCUGGCCCAGCGGCUAACACGAGCACACUACCUGGAGCUGUUAAUGCGGACAGCCUCCUGGACAAUGUGUGAGCAGCCUCGAGAGAAGUAUGCGCCAGAGAAGGGCAGACCGCCCAUGCCCCUGGAUGAGGGCCUCUUCCGAUUCAUCACGGAUAUUCUGAUUCCGGUUAUGGACGUUUACGAUGACGACCCGAUUCGAAAAGACGCAGUGCAGCAUGAAAAUCUGGUGGUGAUUCAGGAGAAUCGGCGUUCCAUCCGGUCGAUCUAUUCUUUUCUGGCACAGCCGUGGCCAUACUAUCAAGGAGAGCGAGUUUUAGUUCCGGCCACAUUGAAGUACGUGUUGGAGUUUGCUCACGAGAAGCUGUCUGAAGCGAGCGGCGAGGCUCCCCCACCACCGCCCGAGGGAGAGGCAGCCGAAGCGGGCGCCCCGAAGGCGGUUGGCGUUGACAUGGCUGCGAUUUUCGGUGGAGAGGAGCACCUCGACCUCGAACAGCUUCAGGCAAUCCUGGAGAGCUUCGACUCUCACGUCGGAAAGAUCACAGCGAAUCAUCCCGAAGAGUUUGAGCAUCGUGCACUGCUUUUCUGGGAGUUCUUUGAGGUGGUCAUGGAAUCCUGUCGUGGUCUGGUGGCAAGCCUGGGGACACCCCUGGACAAGGCCAUCCCGGCCUAUGUGCAGACAAUGCUUGCUUUCAUGGGUCUGGUCGACAGAGAGGAAGCUGCGUUGCCUGCACCACCAGCCGAAGGUAUGGAGGGGGAGGAGGACGAAGCUCUGGCUGAUAUCGAAGAUGAGUGA